CCUACAAUAUUUUAACAUUAUAUUCUGUAAAUCUUUUAAACAUAGAUACCACAAACACCUUUAACAAACAGAGGAACGUAACAUUGAGUCAUUGGUUUGCAUGGUUAAUGUGUGCUGGUUGGCUAAGGAAGAAAUAUUCACAGGAGCAUAAAACAGGUAAAAGACAUUGCGCAUGCGCAGUCAGUGGACGGCACACCCUAGUUCACAUGUGAACUUGUAGUGAAUAAAUGUGAGCCGCAGGGAGAGUUGGGCGCUGGGGUUGACGCCGUUACGCAGGUUUAGUUAUAGAAAGUUUACACUUUACAGUAAGCAGUUUAAGAAAGUAAUGUUUAGCAACCUUACAUAGUCAGUGUUUUGAUUGUCAGCAUGCUCCCAUCUUCUAGCAGGGUCAAACUUAACCGAGUCGCGUUAAAAGACGUGAAUGGGGUAAAAGUUUCGCGGCGGCGGAGAAACGUUACAGCUGAGUCCCAAAACCAAGAGGAACACCACCCUGUUUGUGGACCAGUGUCCGCCUCCGUCCCUAGCAGCCAUGAACCCGUACUAACUCAUUUAACACAGCAAAUGGGCCCUGAAAAUGUGACCGAUGCGACCGCUAACACCCCCGAAGGUACGCAGGAGGCAAAUGUUGCACCACACAAAGAGGGUAUUAGUGAGGAGUGUAAACAGGAGGGUCCCAACACUAGAGGCAAGUAUCAACCGAGCAAAGCUAACACCAGGAGCAGCAGGUUGGAUUGCCUCCGGAGGCUGUGCAACCUCAGACUGAGGUUUACUUGGUGCUUCUGCACCGCUUCAGUCGGUGCAUUGAUUAAACAGACAGGGGUCCGCCGCCGGGUGAAACCGAGGGGCAAAAUCUCCAAAAUGUCUUGUCAAAUUAAGUUGAGUCAGGAGCCCAUGGCCACAAGUAAGAGUCCAAAGAGCCAGACACCAACGCGUCUAAAGUCUACUGUGGGUACAAGGAAAUCCAGACAUGGGGAUAUGAAUCGUAAGAGCCGUGUGAGCCACGCUGCUAGAAGCGGCAGGGACGGAGGUAGAGGGGUCAGAGGGGUCAGAGGGGAGGCCGGGUCCUCUGGGUGGGAGUCUGCUGCUGCAAACACUGGACAAGUGAGAACUGGAGCACGGUCGAUACCCACCGGACUGUCAAUACUAGCUAGGACCCCAGGUCUUUACUUUACUGGUGUUACCACUGUGCAAGACAGAGUUGGAUUUAUCGUUUGGUUGCUUGAUGAUAAGGCUGUGAAUGUCUGCCAGAAAAGUACAUUGAUAGAAAUAUUCACCGAAGCCCCACUGCACUUGCUGGUUCAGAAGGGUCUUUGAGAAGAGCUGUCAGAGCCUCCGGCUGUGGUCUCUGUGGUGACUGCAAGUACGUCUCCUCUCAGUGGAAGACAUCGGGUAAGCAAGGGCAAAAAAACGGUAGCCCAGGGCCAGAGCAGCCUACGGUUGAGGUUAAGCUCAAGGAAGAAAACACAGUCACAGAGAACUCUAAGAAGAUUAUUGUAUGGAUAGACCAGUACCCGAAGGUGACGCUGUGCGACAUAGCCCAACAAUGUGAUGCUUUCAGUCACAAUUGUGGCUACGUGUUACCGGAUGUUCUCAAGACCAAGGUUGUGCAUUGCUUCAAACAGGACAUGAGAGCUGGAUUUCAGUUCAGGCCCGGUCUUUUAGGGCAGAACAAACACGAAAGCGAGCAAGGUGCUUUGGCUAAAAACGGAGAGUUUUGUCCCAGGCUUCAGUCUCAAAGUCCGACUGAACACCAGAGACAUCUGAAAGAAAGCACAGAUGCACGGACGGUAUCCAGUCGUACCACGUGUCAUUUCCUCAAGAGUUGGACAAGUGAAGGCUCUGCAACCUGUUGUGCUUCAUUCGUACUAGGUAAAAGUACAAAAAAGGGGAAGUGCAGAACUGGCAUGUUGAGCAGAGAUGUUGAGGAGGAUUCUGGACCAGGAGCUCACCUCAUGGGAGAGGGGAAUCCCACAGACAAAAUAAUAGAGCUUGGGGAUAGUGUUAAAGAUGGGUUUUCGCCAUCCACUCCAGAUUCUUUAAAAAGCAUUAGUUGCAAAAACUCAACAGAAACUGACUCUAGAGACAAAGAGAAAACGUGCUUUUGGAUGUCUGAUAGUCAGCCCUGUUCAGAGGAAGCAGCUGGGGGCAACACCUCGGCUGUGAAAAAAGAUGGUGUCUAUAAGAAAUCUUGGGGAGAGCUACACAGUGUCACAGAAACUGAUGCAGCACACAUGUCAUCAGAACUGCUCUGUGAGAGGAAUGAGGUGGAGGUGGACACGGAUGAACCAGACUCAUUCACCUGCCAGAGAGUGAGGACCUAUUUCAGGAAAAAUGCUUUUUCUUGUGCACGUACAUACAUGUCCUGGCCCUUCUCUAACAGUGGCUGGGCCCUUACAGCACGUUCUGGUACCACAGCCUCUCCAGCGGAGGCCGUUGAUCCAUCAACUAGAGAUAACAGAAGCGUGAAUAAUGAAGAGAAGCGUGAAGAGGAUGGAGAAAGCAUUUUAGCAGAGAGAAAUGGGAAAAGACAUGGUAAUAUAUCCUCACACUCUUCAGACAGCAAAAACAUGGGGUUUUCAUGCCACUUAAUGGACGCUGACGAACCACUAGCUGCGCCAACCUCAGAUACGGCCACCCUUUCCAACCCAAGCCAGCGUGGAAGAGAGCCCGUCACUGACGCAGCCGAGAGCUCCAGGUCCACCCCUUCCCCAUCAGCUCUUGGCCUGAGUGACUGGGAAGCUACCACCACUUUGUCUUCCAUGUCAUCUCCAUUCACUCCGGGUUUGAGCAGCCUCUCAGCCACACCAUCCUCUCUCCCGCCUUCAUCGUUCCUACUGAGGAAAGUCAAAAGUGUUGAGCUGGCUGGUGGCUCUCCAUCCUCGUGUAUGGUCGGAGCUGUAGAAAAAGCAUUGUUCCACUGUGAGGAAACCAGAAUGGCUUCAUGCAGUCCCUCAUCUUCUGCUCCUCCUCACAGCUCGGAAUCCUCCCUCCUCCUCCCUCAGGACGAGCAAGUGAGUGAUGAAGAACGUCUCGCAGGCAGGUGCCCACCAAAACUGGAGCCAUAUUAUAAUACAAGCCCCAUUAACCAUGAUCUUGUAAAAGAGAGAUCACUGCACAACGUGCUCACAGAUGAGUGUGUGGAAACGGACUCAAGUGAGUUUAUGCUUCCACCAAUGCUCUCUCCUGUCACUACACCACAAAGGCGCUCAUUGACAAGCUUCCUGCCCCAAAGUCCUGGCUGCGUCGAUGAAGAGGAGGACGAGACCGUCACCACCAGCAAACACAAAAUGAUACCUGGAUGUCACAUGACACACAUUGUUAAUGGAAAUAAUGAAAACUCCAAAGAUUAUCUUGAACAUGGUAACAAAGAAUUAGAAGACUCAACAAACUUCAAAACGCUAAGUAGUUUAAGGGUACCUCAGUCUUCUCCCAGCAAUGAUGAAGAUGUUGACAGUAAUGAAGAGGAAAGCCAGGAUGAUUACGAAGAUGCCGUGGAGCAGGGUAGCCAAACAGACCCUAAAAUAAAGGCAACCCUUACCUCAGGUGCUCUGACAAAAUCCUGCUCUGCUCUCAGCAGUAAUGAAGGUGACGAGGGAUCGCCACAUUCUACUAGAGAAGAGGGGUCAAGUCCAUGUGAAUUACUGAGCAGUGAAGGGGAUGAGACUAAAGCAGAGGCAGCCGAUGAUGCUCAGCAGGGCAUUUUGGACGAGUACACAGCCUAUGAACAUGAUAUCCUGCUGGUCGACGUGAUCCAGGAUGACCCAGAGCUGUUUGAAAACCUGCCCCAACAGAGUUUACUGAAAUUGGGUCCUACCAGGGUUACAGAGGCCCCAAAAACCAUACCCAUUGGAGUGGGGAAAACACUGUCGCUAAGGAUAGAUGGAACCUCACAGGAGUCUGCACAAAGAUCGAGCCCAGUUAUUUAUUUUCAGUGCAACAGUCCCGAUAUCACAGAGGAGAGAAACGACAGACCAUGGAGACCUCAUUGUAGCAGAACCCCUUCCAAAAUGCAAAGAAACACGUGGACCUUCACAGAAAAACAAACCAAAAGCAUGGGUCAGCCUGACGCCAACAACAAUCAUAUAAACGGAGGACUGGAAAGGAGCCAGCCCAUUCAGACAGUCAACUCCCUCCAUAAUCACAUCCCUCCACUUAUGACCAUAAAAAAUGGGCCGAGGAUCACAAACCCAGCAAACUUGGCAGAGUUUAGGCGCCAGAAAUUUAGUGCUUACUGCAGGCAGUACUUCAGUGAGUCGCUGUCCUGCGGUUUCAAGAUAUGUCGGUUCCAGCAUGUGCCUGUGGAGGGGGAUGAGAAGUUCUGCAUUGAAACCGUGACACGGUUCAUCAAAAACCCAAUGUGCCUUCAAAAAGCAGGAGCUGUGUUUACAGGCUACUACACCAGCAACCCACCUGGUGUGUAUUUUUCCAUGCCGGUGCUUCUAUCGCUCCUCUGGGCUCUGCUCAAAGCCGGCAUGGUGUCUGAUGUCUUCUCAGUCCUCAGCGUCAGCUUGGCCCACAAGAUAGUGCCUGGCCAUGAGUUUGUGUUGGCCCUCUUCAACCUUGUGAGAGAAAAGUCUCUCGUGGGUUUUGUACCUGAACUUAUGCAGCUCACGUCCAAGAUGGCCAGUGCAGGGCUGGUGCUGAGUUUGGACUGCCUUGACUGUGUAAAAAACACUCCUGAGUUCCAGCAGACAGCCUCUCCAAACUCACAUGUUUCAGCGUCCGGCAACCAAAAGUUAUCCACCACUGCACCCUUUCCCGAGUACCUGAAUUUGGCCCACGCCGUUGUGGAAAUAGAGCUCUGUACAAAGCAAGAGGACUGGAGGCGGAUGGGGGAGGUUUUCAGGUCCAUCUGCCAAUCCAGUCAACGUCCCAACCAAGUGGAGCGAAUCAGCGGUCGCAUUGCCAUUGCGCUGCUGUCUGAGAGUAAAGACAAGCUUUCACUGCCAUUUGCUGCCUUUGCUGAGACAGUGUGUCAGAAUGAAGGUGACAACAGCCUGAUCAGGAGUUUUUUAGGCAGAAUUGGGGUCUCUCUCAUGUUCAGAUACCACAAAACACAUCAAUGGGCCAAGGGUCGGAGGGUGGUGGAGGUGCUGUCCAUUUUAAAAGUCAACUACUCAACACUGAAGGGUUUGUUUGGCAAUGAGGAUGGAGCGUCACGCUGCUACUUGGUCACUGUGGCCACUGAGCUCUUCCUCCUGAGUGGCAGCGUGGAAGGAGCUCUAAACACACUCCGAGAAAACAAAUGGUUCCUGAACUCGUCCUUGUGGCCGUGUGAGCCUGCUGAUCUUGAGAGUAGGGCUCGUGUGUUGAUACGUCUGGCUGAGAAAACCUCUCACAGAGACACGCUGGAUGUCCUCCGUAAUCUCCCCGGACUCAAGGAACCAAACGACUUGGUCAGUAUCUCCAGGUACCAUCUUCUGUUUAACUCUCACCUGCAAGUGUGUGUGGACAGGCAGACACUUCCUGUAGCUUCAGACACUGUGGACUUCAUGCUCUCUAAAAACCUGGCAGUUGACCACACUGUGCUGCAAAUACUUUUACACAAACUGGGCAAACAGAACCUCUGGCUGCGGGCGCGGGAAGUCUUCAGACACUCUCUGAGUGUGGGCUAUUACCCAGGCGUGUCGGCUCCCCCUGGUUUAAUGUCACUGACCGUCCCCUGUCGACUGAGGGAGGUGGAGCUGGCCCUUGCCUUUGAGAUGUUCAUCACUGUCAACGCAACAGCCAUCCUCCAACUGUCAGAGACGGCCAGUUGCUGCCUCAGCAUCAUUCUUCAAAGGACUCAAAGCUGCGAGAGCGAGUACCUCUCCGCUGGUAGCCGCCUCCUCUCCGCAGCGUGUAUCCCUCAGCCCAAACUAAUCAUUCACUACAAAGCAGUUAACUCAUCGCAGGAGCAAGUGUUCACACUUGACAUUUCCUCUGCUCGAUGCUGGCUCCGGCACAAUCAUCUGUGGGCCAAUGAGGUGUGGACGCACUGAGCCAAACCACAGCCCCUGAAGUACUUAACUUCCCUUUCCUUUGAAACUGCCUAUGUUCCAGAGACAUCAUUUGAUUCUGGGAAAACAACAAAUGAAAUCAGGAAAACGAACGCGUGUGCAUUUCCUUUCUGUACGUUUGUAACACUCAUUUCAAUUUAGCCUCUGACUAAGAAUCAGAAAAUUAAAAACAAUCACAACCAAAGACUGACGCCAAAACUUUACACUGUUAGGUUUUUUUUUACAAAGCUAAUAACCUAUUUUUGUUCAAAUUUGUUUUAAAAUAUGUUAAAGGAUUUUUUUUGUUCUUCCUUGUUGUUUCCUGAGUUCUUUUAGCUGAUUUGUCUUUGUCACUCAGUGUGUGAUUUACUAUUUGAAAAAGAAAAAAAAGUCUGUUGGGGGACAAAAUCUAGCAUCAUUUUGUAGGAUUAUUAGAUUUAGUUUAUAACAGAAAUGUAAAUAACUUCUGAGUGUAUAUACGUACAUAUUUAUAAUGGUGUUUAGUCUUUGACAGUAUUAUGUUACCAUAUUAUAUUACUGAUUGUCAAAACCUCAAUUGUUGCUAGUUCAAGAGCUGUGAUUUACAUUUUCUUUGUGUGAAGUUUUUAUAUAAAAAAAAAGCGUUCUGCUCCAAAAAGUUCGACUCUGUAGUGUUUCUUCACAAAAGGAAAAUUAAUCCUCAAAUGUUUUCUGGAAUAAAAUGGGUAAUUAAAAUCACA